AACAGGACCUCUUUCUAGCUCUCAGAAAAGUCUGAGAAGAAACGAGCCCUGCAUUUUCCCCAAGCUGUGCAGGGGUUGCCGUGAAGGAUUACAAGCAGCAAACCGUUUUGCCUUCUCCCAGCACCAAGGAACACAACAUCCAAAGGACAAUGACAACCCAGAGGCCUCAGCCAGAUUUUGCAUUUUCCCUGAAAAGAACUAGGUCCUAAGAUUUGAAGGUGUUUUUUUUUCUUUUAAUACUCUACCUCCCUCUGCUGUUAUUACCGGGAAUUUUUUAUUUUAUUUUAUUUUAUUUCUUACAACAAUGAGAAAUCAUGUACUAGCAGCAUCAAUUUCAAUGCUCUCCCUGCUGGCGAUUAUGGGAGAUACAGACAGCAAAAUGGACAGUGCCUUCAUGAUGGACUCUGACCCCGGGCGCUGCAUGAGGCAUCAUUAUGUGGAUUCUAUCAGUCACCCUCUGUACAAGUGCAGCUCAAAGAUGGUGCUGUUGGCAAGAUGCGAGGGGCAUUGCAGUCAGCCCUCCCGCUCAGAGCCUCUGGUCUCCUUCAGCACGGUCCUGAAGCAGCCCUUCCGCUCUACCUGUCACUGCUGCAGACCUCAGACCUCCAAACUGAAGGCCCUGAGGCUUCGAUGUUCUGGAGGAAUGAGACUCACAGCCACCUACCGGUACAUCCUGUCCUGCCACUGUGAAGAGUGCAGCUCCUAA